AUGUCGAAAGCAAAGGGUGCAGCAGCAGGUGUUGACACCAUCGUCAAGCUGAUUGUGGGCGCCGGCCAGGCCAGUCCGAGCCCUCCAGUCGGUCCCGCGCUGGGUAGCAAGGGUGUCAAGUCUAUGGACUUUUGCAAGGAAUUCAACGCGAGGACAGCACACAUCGUACCGGGUACCCCAAUGCCGUGCCGGGUCACCGUCCGACCCGACCGGUCGUUCACCUUCGACGUCCGAACACCGCAGACAUCGUGGCUGCUGCUCAAUGCAGUGGGAGCGCCGGUGGGCAAGAAGGGAAACAGAAAAGGCGUCAGCAAGCCCGGGCACGAAACAGUCGGCACCAUCAGCUUAAAGCACAUCUACGAAAUCGCAAAAAUUAAGCAGUCGGAACUCCGGCUGUCCGGUCUGUCACUGGAGGGUCUAUGCCGAUCCAUCAUUUUCCAGUGCAAAUCAAUAGGAAUUAACGUGGUGGCUUAA